AUGGGCCACUACAAAAAACAGUCCGAGUGCGGUAGCUACAACUACCUGCUCUACCUGCCCGAGGGCUACGGCGCGGUUGCCGACCGCCCCCCGGCCGGCUGGCCCCUGCUCCUCUUCCUCCACGGCGCCGAUCGCAAGGGCGUCGACCUCGACACCCUCCGCGCCUCAGGAAUCCCGCGACUCUGCGAAUCCCGACUCUAUGCCUCCGAGAAAAAGUCUUCUUCUUCUUCUUCCUCACCUCUUUCAUCUUCUUCAUCAUCAUCGUGUAUGGUCGAUGUAGAGGAGACCGAAAGCAUGAACGACGCCGACAGCCCGCGGACGGCGACGGCCGGCCUCCACCUGCGUCGCGCCACGGCCCUGGCCCAGCGCUCGCCCCACCGCCGCACGCCAUCGGCCGACCGCGGCCUCGCGUCGCCGCUGGAGCAGAUGCAGUCGUUCCCCUUCGUCGUCGUGUCGCCGCUGUGCCCGCCGUUCAAGUACUGGCGCGUCGAGUCGCUGGCGAGCCUGGUCGAGGAGGUGGCCGAGCAGUACCAGGUCGAUGCGCGGAGGGUCUACGCCGUGGGCGAGGGCAUGGGCGGCUGGGCCGCGUGCGCGCUCGCCGCGCGCGUGCCGCGGUGCCUGGCCGCCUGCGUGCCGAUCGGCGCCGCGGCCGACCCCCACUUUGUCGACGUCGAUCGACUCAAGGACACGCCCCUCUGGCUCUUCCACGGCUCCAGUCGCUGCGACGACGUCGACGGCCUCGACAUGACCGCGAGCGCCACCGACGAAGAAGAAGCCGCUGACGCUGAUGACAGCAACGGCGACGGCGACGAUGACGAAGGCCUGCGGGCCAGCGUGUGCCUGGUGCAGGCGUUAAGGCGGCAGGGCGCGCGGAGCGUGCUUUUCACGGCCUACCCGACGGUGGCGACAAAGAAGGACAACGCCGAUUCCAUGCCAGGCGUGUUCUUCUCGGUCAACGGCGGCCGCGGCGGCAGCGACGAGCAGGCGGACCAGAACGAGCUGGUCAAGCGAUCCUACACCUACGACAACCCGCUCCUCUACCAGUGGCUCCUCCAGCACUCCCUUCCUCUACUCGACGUGUAA